GCGGGCCGGAAGUUCGUGUACGCAAAACGCCCCCAAGAUGGCGGCUGCGAACCCGGAAGUGAGGAGCCGCCUCUAGGAGGGAGUCUGAACCCCGACGCCCCCGGGGACCAGGCUGCAUCAUCUUGUGGACACCCCCACGCCCCCAGCCCCUGUUGACUGAGGUAGGAGACAGCAGGAACCAGUGCCUUGUAUGGCGAUAUAGAGCAUUACCACCUGAGUGGACACGUGCUUUAAAAAUUGGAGCUACUUUCAUCUUGUUUCAGUUGGAGUGCACAGCUAGUCUGAGCAGAUGUCAAGAAACUUGGAAGUGAUCUCAGCUUUUCUCCCCUUUGUUUACUGAGUGUACAAUUCGAGCAGUUAAUCUGCCAAAUACAUUCUUUGCAGCCAUGCCGUGACUCUCUAAUAACUUGCACAGCCAAGGCCAUGCUGCAGGGUGAAGAGCACAGAUAAAGAACCUUCCACCACUCCUUAGAAUAGUCCACCAGCCCUGACAACUUCAUGCUGCAGGAGACAGCCUGAUGCCCUCAGCACAUCCUGCCAUGGACGGAGGGAAGAACUUUCCACAGCAUGAACACCAGCAGUCAGGCAGUACAUUAUACAGUAUGCCGAACCUCCAGACCCAGCUCAGCGUACCUGCCAUGGAGAACUCGAUGCUGGCUCCUGAUUGGUGGAAUCCCUUCUAUUCAUCUGUCCCUUUCUCAACUCCAUCUUUUCCAAGUGAAAACCAGCAAUAUUUUAAUGCCACUUCCGAUUUUUACAUGAAUUCCAUCAGCAGACAACCCUUCACAGAGACAAACUAUGCAUCUGUGGGCCUCGCUGACUUCUCACCAAAAAAUGGUGAUUUUCCUCAGGAUUCUUCAUACCUCGAUGAGCUCUCCAACAACUCCCUCUUCUCAUCCCCCGCAGACUCCCUCUCCGACAUUGCUGAUGCUCAGGACUUCCUGCCUGCUGACAGCCUGAACCAUGUGCCAACAAUAUGGGAUAUAAACACGUCGCAACAGAACCAAAUAGAGCUGUUCUCUCCCAGCAGACCGUUCACAGGCUUAGAAAGUUUGGAAGACCAUCCCCCAAACACCCCACUCCUCAUAAGCUAUCAGUCGCAGACUCAGGCAGAGGAGGAUGACGAAGGUGAUGAGGAAGAAACGGAGGAGUUGGGGCACACAGAGACCUAUGCAGAUUAUGUACCUUCAAAAUCUAAGAUUGGGAAGCAGCACCCGGACCGCGUGGUUGAAACAAGCACUCUCUCCAGCGUUCCCCCGCCUGACAUUACCUAUACCCUGUCCCUUCCGAGCUCAGUUGCUGACAACGGGUUACUCUCUGCACUACAGCUGGAGGCCAUCGUGUAUGCCUGCCAGCAACAUGAAGUUUUACUACCCAACGGGCAGCGAGCUGGGUUCCUCAUUGGCGAUGGUGCUGGGGUUGGAAAGGGCAGGACAGUUGCUGGGAUCAUCUUUGAAAAUUAUCUGAAGGGGAGGAAGAAAUCUCUGUGGUUCAGCGUCUCCAAUGAUCUCAAGUAUGAUGCUGAAAGAGACCUGAAGGACAUUGAUGCCCCCAACAUUCCUGUGCAUGCUUUAAACAAGAUUAAAUAUGGUGACACAGCUACCUCAGAAGGAGUCCUAUUUGCCACUUACUCUGCUCUGAUUGGUGAAAGCCAAGCAGGCGGACAGCACAGGACGCGAUUAAAGCAGAUUUUGGACUGGUGCAGGGAGAACUUUGACGGAGUUAUUGUGUUUGAUGAAUGCCACAAAGCCAAAAAUGCCAGCUCCACUAAAAUGGGCAAAGCAGUGUUGGACCUUCAGAACAAACUGCCUCGAGCUAGGGUCGUCUAUGCCAGUGCCACAGGUGCCUCUGAGCCAAAAAACAUGAUUUACAUGAGCCGGCUAGGGAUCUGGGGGGAGGGAACCCCCUUCAGAGCGUUUGAUGAAUUCCUCCAUGCAAUUGAAAAGAGGGGUGUUGGUGCAAUGGAAAUCGUGGCUAUGGACAUGAAAGUGAGCGGAAUGUACAUUGCCAGGCAGCUCAGUUUCUCUGGAGUCACUUUCAAGAUAGAGGAAAUCCCACUGGAUCGACAGUACGAGCUUGUCUACAACAAAGCAGCGCAGCUGUGGGCAGAGGCGAUAGCGGUGUUCCAGCACGCGGCCGACAUCAUUGGCUUGGAGUCUCGAAAGUCCUUGUGGGGUCAGUUCUGGUCUGCUCAUCAGCGCUUCUUCAAAUAUCUCUGCAUUGCUGCUAAAGUCCGACGCCUCGUUGAGCUUGCCAAGGAGGAGCUGGCAAAGGACAAGUGUAUUGUCAUCGGGCUCCAGUCCACUGGAGAAGCUCGCACCAGGGAGGUCUUGGACGAGAAUGACGGGCACCUAAACUGUUUUGUCUCUGCUGCAGAAGGCGUCUUUCUAUCACUAAUUCAGAAGCACUUUCCUUCAACCAAAAGAAAGAGAGAAAAAGGAACUGGCAUUAAAAGAAAACGGAAGCAGAAAGGCCGCUGUGCGAAGGUGCUGAAAGGAAUGUACGACAUGGCGGGCGUGAUCAAGAUCAGCGACGACAGCAGCACUGAUUCGGAGGUAGGGCUGGACAGCGACUUCAACUCCUCCCCGGAGUCCCUGUUCGACAAUGACGACGUCAUCUUUGUUGAACACACCUACAAUGGCUUUGCAUCCGAAGACAGAGGCAGUUUGCACUUUCCAGGGUCCCAGAAGGAUGUGCAUGGCCCGGGAGUGCUAGAACAUGUGGAGAAAAUGAAACAGGACCUCCUAUCAAAAGUAAAAGCACUGGGCAAAGAGCUACCUCUCAAUACCUUGGAUGAGCUGAUAAAUCACUUUGGGGGCCCGGAGUACGUGGCAGAGAUGACUGGCCGGAAAGGCCGGGUGGUGAGCAGACCUGACGGCUCCAUCAUGUAUGAGUCCCGGGCUGAGCAGGGCCUCUCCAUAGACCACGUCAACCUGAAGGAGAAGGAGCGUUUUAUGAGUGGGGAAAAGCUCGUAGCAAUAAUCUCCGAGGCCUCCAGCUCAGGGAUCUCUCUCCAAGCAGACAGGCGGGUGAGGAACCAGAAGCGCCGGGUCCACAUGACACUGGAACUGCCCUGGAGUGCAGACCGAGCCAUACAGCAGUUCGGUCGAACCCACCGAUCGAACCAGGUCUCUGCUCCGGAGUACGUCUUCCUUAUCUCUGAGCUGGCGGGGGAGAGGAGGUUCGCGUCCAUUGUUGCCAAACGCUUGGAGAGCCUCGGUGCCUUAACUCACGGAGAUAGAAGAGCCACUGAAUCCAGGGACCUCAGCAAGUACAACUUUGAGAAUAAGUAUGGGACCAGAGCGCUAGACAGGGUCCUCACCACCAUCCUCAACCAGACUAAGAGCAAAGUGCCUCUGCCCAAGUAUUACCAGGAACGAGAGGCUGAAUUUUUUCAAGAAAUGAAACAAGGUCUCAUCUCCGUCGGGAUCUGCUGCAAGGAGAUGAAAUACGGCUACGUGUCAGUGGAGAAGGACUGCUCCAUAACCAAGUUCCUGAACCGCAUCCUGGGCCUGGAGGUGCACAAGCAGAACAUGCUCUUCCAGUACUUCACCGACACCUUCGACCACCUGAUUGAGAAGGACAAGAAGGAGGGCAAAUACGACAUGGGCAUCUUAGACUUAGCUCCCGGCGUGGAUGAGAUUUACGAGGAGAGCAAGGAGGUUUUCCUGACCCCGGGGCAUCCCCAGGACGGGCAGGUGGUGUUCUAUAAGAUCAGCGUCGACAGAGGCCUGAAGUGGGAGGAGGCUUACGAGAAAUCGCUCAAACUAACAGGCACCUACGACGGCUUCUACCUCUCCCACAAGACACGGGGCUGUAAAUACACCUGCCUGCUGGCAGAGCAGGGCCGCGGGAAGAACUUCAUCCUCUACAAGCCCAACAUCGGCAAGCAGAGCCAGCCCGAAAGCCUCGACAGCCUCUUCAAGAAGUACCGCCAGGUGCCGCCCGAGGAAGCCAAGGAACAUUGGGAGAGCAGCUACCUCUUCUCCUUCACGAACUGUAACCACGCCGUCUGGAACAGAACCUGCAAACUAAUCCAAGAGGGAAAGGAGUGUUUCCAGGGCAUGCGCCUGCGCCGUUACUACAUGCUGUGCGGAGCGCUGCUGCGGGUCUGGAGCAAGAUCGCCAGCAUCAUGUCAGACAUCACCAACACCAGCUACCUGCAGAUCGUCCGCCUCAAGACCAAGGAGAAGAAAAAACAAGUCGGGAUAAAGAUCCCCGAGAGCUGCGUCCAUAGGGUGCGGGAGGAGCUGAAGCAGAUGGACGAGAAUGUGAAGCAGAAGCAUAACCGGGCCCUUCUGGCCCAGGACCGGAGCCUGCCGUACUCCAUGCCACAGCAUGUCCUGCAGCAGCCCCAUGACCUCUGCCAGCCUGUGGCCAGGCUCCCGCUGGUCAGACACUCCCUGCACCAGGACGAGAUCCUGGACUUGACCUACAGCCCUCCCAGCGACAGCCUCUCCAGCCUGGCCUUGCAGCCCGACCCCUUGGGUGCUUUACACUUCCCACCGGAGCCUGUUCUCCAGCCACACCAGCAGCACAGGAUGCCCUUGCCUUUCAGCCUUCCUCCUGUCUUAGAAAGCCCGGUCCCAGCCCUGGCGGGGACCGUGCCUCUCAACCCACCCCCACACAACCACUUGCCUCUCCCCCAUCCCGACCACCUGCAGACACUGCCACAGCAGCAGCUGCCGCCGGAAGACUUAGCCCAGCAGGAGAGCAUCAAUUUCAAGGAGGUGCUGGAGGACAUGCUGAGGACGCUGUACGUGGCCCCUCAGGACAACACGCUCUCCCAGGAGCGCCAGAGCGUCAUCCAGUUCACCAGUCCCUUUGAACACUUCUGAGGGGCCAGCUGAGGGCCAGGGCAGAGCUCAGACACAGGCACCGUGCCCCUCCCGAGCCUCUCGCCUACCAUCCUUUGGCAGAAGGGCUGGAGUGGAGGGAGCCCUGGCUCUUGUAUUGCUUUGCAAUGACCCGCGUGUGUCAGUUGGGGGGCAGGGGGGAUCGCGUAUUCCUUACAGCAAAGUUUAUUUAUAUAUAAUAUACAGCCACACAUGUAUAGAGUUGUACAUAUCGUGUGUAUAAAGGGGGGAUGGCAAAGUGCUUUUAUCACAGAGCUCAGCUGAUCAGGACCCAUGUCCUCUGCUGCGGGACGGACCUGCUCAAACAACAGUGCCCAGGUAGGACAGAGAGGAGAGCCACUGACUGCCCCAGCCCCUCCCCACACCCAUCUCCACACCGACUACUGAGUUGAAAGGCCGGGAUUCCGUCCCUUCCAGGGGAGUGGGCAGCAGCUGCUAACUGCAGCGUCCACAGACGGAAACGUUCUGAGCCCCAAAGCGAUCCUGUUACCAGGGCGUCAGUGAUGGCGAAAGCCACGGUUCCCAGCCGCUGUGGGCAGCUGAGUGAAUUGGCUGGGUCACCUGGAGCCAGCCUCACACCUGGGCUCUUCCAUCCCAGCCCUGGAGCUUGAUGCCACUCGAAACACCAGAUUCUUGAGGAAAUGGGGGGCAGGCACCUGGGACUAAUACAGAGACAGGGACCGAGGGGGGAAUGACGGAAGUCCCAGUGCAGGCUGGGAACCAUGGAGCUAAAGCAUCCAUCUAUGUAGGAUUGGGUGAGGCCAGCUGAGGAGACAUUCAUCUGACUGCAGGUCAUGUGCUCGCUCUCUGCUCUCCAGUUAGUCCAGCCACCCCUUUCUCUCGGGAGGGGAAACUGACAUGCGUUGGGCUGCCCUAACUUCCCCAAUGGGUUGGGGAACAACUCUUCUGCACUAACGUGCCCACUUUAUCAGUAUUCAGCAAUGAACUCCUUAGCCCCUGGCCAGCCUUCCUCCCCAUCAUUCUCUUCUGCCUGAUGGCCAGCCUGCACACUCAGCCCCGGGGCUCCUCGUGGUGGCGGCAGCUGCAGCAUGGCCGCGCUUUCCAAGUUUGCUCUCUGUGGCAUUCUCUCCUGGAGCCAGCUGGCUAGUACUGUUCCAAUGGGCUCGUUCGCAGCUGGCCAGCGGGGCCAGGCCUGAGUCUGGGAAAGCAGGAGGGGCCCCAUGUCUGGAUCUUAAACCUCCAGCACAGGCCACUGUUGAUUUCAAUGGCUGCCCCAUUGAGACCCACUGCCAGGGAAGAGUAAAUGGCAAGCGAUCCAGGGCCAUGCACCAGCUGUGUUUGUGCUCAGCUGUUACAGCCGGCUCCACUUUGAAUACCAAAGAGCAAACUCCUGCUUAGCCAACCUAAGCAGAACACCUCCGUAGUCUCUCCAGGGCAAGCCACACCUUGCUCCGCCCACCAGCAGUAGCCCUGAGCAGAAGCACUAAGGCCUGUUGGACCAGUAGCUUGCCAGGCUUUGUGCUGCAGAGGGCUGCUGGCUUUACACAGAACAUAUGCAAUCCAAACGGAGAGCCACACAGCACCUCGACAGCGACACUGCUCCUAGGGCCGUGCACCUGCUUCACGGGAGUUCUGACUUGGGCAGCUCUGUCUUUACUCGGGCAAAGAUUUUUGUUGCCGGCUGCGUUGUCACCCUCCUCUCGCUGCCUCAGCCUCCUUUUACUGAGUCGUCGUCCUGGCAUUUCUUGGAGCAUGCCAAGCAUUACGAUGGGGAGGAGGUGUGACCCCAGUGACUGGUGAUGCCCCUUUAGCAGGCAGAGCUCCCAUUGCCUAUCACACACCUUUCCUUGCCUAGUUCUUACCAGACGCAGCAAGUCCCUGGGUGGCGUGGCGGGGGGAGAUCUGCUGGAGCAGGGCAGUCAGUGGGAUCUGCCCAAAGCUGUAAGAGGAGUUAAUGGUGGAGUGGGGCGUUCUCGCCCCCUGUGGAGAGAGCCCCAGCCACAUGUGGAGAUUUUGGUGAUUGUCACCUGAUCUGCCUCACUGACGAGUUUAGCAACCAGCUGCUGCCCCAUGUGACUCAGUUUCCCCUUCUGUAACACAGGGAUGUGAUAUUCCCCAACCUUUCUCAAGCGCUGUGAACUCUGUAACCCGGUGCAAAGAAUUGGUAGCACGUCCUACCUGGGGGACAGGGAAGCACCUAGUCUCCCAAGCCAGUGGACCAUGGUCUCCUUCUCUUCCCACUUCACUCCCCCUCCUCGCCCUGCACAUUCUAGUUCCCACUUUCUAGGCCAGUCCAGGUGUGGUCUCCGGUCCUUCAUUCUGGGGUCUUGUGUCUUUUUACACCCUUUGCCUCUUCCCGGCCAGGAAGGAGGAGGAGGUUUAUUAUUUAGAUUGCAGCAGUGCCCAUAAUGUGCUGGGCAGGCCCUGCCAUUCCCCCACUUCGCUGGAGAUGGGGGGCUUUGCAGGGGCCAGUUCUGAGUAGAAUUCUAAAUAUCCUGUAUGCCUCCUUGCCUCCGACUAAACACCAAAGAUCAGAAAAAAUCCCCCCUGAAACUGGAAGCCCAGACUGUGAAGUCCAGAUGACAUGAUCCACUGUUUGGGCAGGGAUGCUCCUAUCCCUGUUGGUGCGCUGUCCAGAUAGUGCAUUUCCAACCCCCAGGAAUCUCUUUACUUUUGUUCCUAGUUUAUCACCUAAUUGCACUAACCCACCUCUGUGCUGAGCUGCUGGAGAGCCCUGCAUUGUGCUGCGUGUGCACAAGAGUCCUGCCCCAUCUCGUUCCGCUCGUGCAUUCACCCAAAUUGCCAAGGAAGGGGCAAUUCCGCCCUGCUGUCCUCUUGUAGGCAGACAGCAAAGAUGCCCCUUUCUUGUGAUCACAGAAAACAUCCCUUUUCCUGUCCUAGGCAGGCCCCUCCCUGGUUCUAUCGAAUACACUCCCCUGCUUUAUUUAUAAUGCUCCCUGGAUUCACGACACUCAGAGAGAAUCUUUGAAAAUCUUUUAUUUCCUUGGAGCCCCUGAGUCCUUAUUUAAUUUCUGUCUCAUUCAUUUGGGCAACUGUCAAACUCUCAGCAAAAGUUAAAAAACACACCAAGAAAACCAAUUUCAAACAGGCGUAAACUCAGGAAUAAUCAUCAGGUGCUCUCUUUCUAACCACCCCCACCAGUGGGUCCCCCCCAAAAAUAUGACCUGGAGUUUUAUGUGGUUGUUUUGUUGCUGUUUUAAUUCUAAGAUAUAUGCAAUUUUUCUCUCCCAAUCUCUGAAAAAGACAGGGCACCUUCAAGAAAAUACUUCCCCCGCCUGAUCCUGUGUUUUUGUCAGGGUUAAUAAUAUGUAACAGUAUCUUUUAACUAAAUUAUUAUGCAGUUGUCCUACUGAUUGUAUGUAUUUUUUUAAAUGAAUCCUUUUCCCUUCCUUACACCUUUUUGUUAGCACUUUUUAAUCUGCUUGUUCGUUUGCCUUUGUUUUUCUGUGUGUAUUUAUAAUGAAUUGAGAUGUAUAUAUGUAAAGAGAUUCUUUUUUUUUAGAAUAUGUGCCUUUGACUAAUUCCUAAAUUUUCUACUUGCAUCAGAAGGAUAAUUUUUGCAUUCUGCUCAGUAAAGAUGGAAAGGAAGCCACGCAUGA